UGGAUGAAUGGAACAUAGCUCGCCUAAAUACAGUCUUGGAUGUGGUUGAGGAAGAGUGCGGUAUUUCUAUAGAGGGUGUAAAUACCCCUUAUCUCUAUUUUGGCAUGUGGAAAACCACAUUCGCAUGGCACACCGAGGAUAUGGACCUCUACAGCAUUAAUUAUCUCCACUUUGGAGAGCCCAAGUCUUGGUAUGCAAUACCCCCGGAACAUGGAAAACGACUUGAAAGACUAGCUCAAGGUUUUUUCCCAAGCAGUUCUCAAGGGUGUGAUGCAUUUCUUCGCCACAAGAUGACACUGAUAUCUCCGUCAGUAUUGAAGAAAUAUGGUAUUCCCUUUGAUAAGAUCACUCAGGAGGCUGGAGAAUUUAUGAUCACUUUUCCAUAUGGCUACCAUGCUGGGUUUAAUCAUGGUUUCAACUGUGCAGAAUCUACAAAUUUUGCUACAGUUCGAUGGAUUGACUAUGGGAAAGUUGCUAAAUUGUGCACCUGCAGGAAAGACAUGGUGAAAAUCUCAAUGGAUAUCUUUGUGAGGAAAUUUCAGCCAGACAGAUAUCAGCUUUGGAAGCAAGGAAAGGAUAUAUACACCAUUGAUCACACAAAGCCUACUCCAGAAUCCACACCUGAAGUAAAAGCAUGGCUGCAGAGGAGGAGGAAAGUAAGAAAAGCAUCUAGGAGUUUCCAGUGCACUGGUUCUCACUCUAAGAGGCUUAAGAAUGAGGGAAAUGAAGAAGUGUCACCUGCAGUUGAUGGGGCAGAGGGCCUUACCCCUGACCCAGACCCAGUAGGUCUCAAGGUCAAUGGAAAACCAGAAAAAGCAGUGAAGAUGGGGAACACAGAACUACCUUCAGAAGAAGAGGCUUCUCCUAGCAGAAAGCAGCUGGAUCAGAAUUCAUCAGAUAAUGUCAAACUCCCAGGAAACAGUUGCUUAAGCACAUCUAUAACAGAGGAAAUAAAAACUAAGGAUGACCAAGCCUAUGGUGUAAUUCUACCUUCAAAUCCCAGUGAAGUUGAUGAUUCUAUAUCUAGUGGCAAUCUGACAUCCAAGGAAUCAGACUCACCCAAGCUUCCAUGGCCAAAGUCACCUGAGUCGUGUUCUUCAGUGGCAGAGAGUAACAGUGUGUUGACAGAGGGAGAAGAGAGUGAUGUGGAGAGCCACAGGAAUGGCCUCGAACCAGGGGAAGUGCCAGCCGUCUCCAGUGGAGAGAGAAAUGGCCUCGAAGUUCCUGGUAGAAUAGAGGGAGAAACCAAAACUGCUAAAAGUUGGCGCCAUCCACUGAGUAAGCCUCCAGCAAGAUCUCCACUGACUCUGGUGAAGCAGCAGGCAACAAGUGAUGAAGAAUUGCCUGAGGUUCCAUCAGUUGAGGAGGAAGUGGAAGAAACAGAGUCUUGGGCGAAGCCUUUGGUCCACCUCUGGCAGACAAAGUCCCCAAACUUUGUGGCUGAACAGGAGUAUAAUGCAGCCAUGGCCAAAAUGGAGCCACACUGUGCCAUCUGUGCUCUCCUCAUGCCCUACUACAAGCCAGAUAGCAGCAAUGAAGAAAAUGAUUCAAGAUGGGAGACAAAAUUAGAUGAAGUGGUUACUCCGGGAGGAAAGACUAAGCCCCUCAUUCCAGAGAUGUGUUUUAUUUAUAGUGAAGAAAAUAUAGAAUAUUCUCCGCCUAAUGCCUUUCUGGAAGAGGAUGGAACAAGUCUUCUGAUUUCCUGUGCAAAGUGCUGUGUACGGGUUCAUGCAAGUUGCUAUGGUAUCCCUUCUCACGAGAUCUGUAAUGGAUGGCUAUGUGCCCGUUGCAAAAGAAAUGCAUGGACAGCAGAGUGUUGUCUUUGCAAUUUGAGAGGGGGUGCUCUUAAAGAAACAAAGAACAACAAGUGGGCCCAUGUCAUGUGUGCUGUUGCAGUCCCAGAAGUUCGAUUCACUAAUGUCCCAGAAAGGACACAGAUAGAUGUAGGCAGAAUCCCUUUACAGAGGUUAAAAUUGAAAUGCAUCUUCUGCAGACACCGGGUUAAAAAGGUCUCUGGGGCCUGUAUCCAGUGUUCCUAUGGACGCUGCCCAGCCUCCUUCCAUGUUACAUGUGCUCAUGCUGCUGGGGUGCUAAUGGAGCCUGAUGAUUGGCCAUACGUGGUGAACAUCACAUGCUUCCGACAUAAGGUCAACCCAAAUGUGAAGUCCAAGGCUGGUGAGAAGGGUAUCUCUGUGGGGCAGACGGUCAUCACAAAGCAUCGGAACACCCGCUAUUAUAGUUGCAGGGUGAUUACUGUGACAUCGCAGACCUUCUAUGAGGUCAUGUUUGACGAUGGCUCCUUCAGCAGAGACACAUUCCCUGAGGAUAUAGUGAGCCGAGACUGUGUGAAGCUGGGCCCUCCUGCUGAGGGAGAAGUUGUCCAAGUCAAGUGGCCUGAUGGCAAACUCUAUGGGGCAAAAUAUCUGGGAUCAAAUAUUGCCCACAUGUACCAGGUUGAAUUUGAAGAUGGAUCCCAGAUAGCAAUGAAGAGAGAGGAUAUCUAUACUUUAGAUGAAGAAUUACCCAAGAGAGUGAAAGCUCGUUUUUCCACAGCCUCUGAUAUGCGAUUUGAAGACACAUUUUAUGGAGCAGACAUAAUCCAAGGGGAGAAAAAGAGACAAAGGGUGCUGAGUUCCAGGUUUAAGAAUGAAUAUGUGGAUGAUCCUGUGUAUCGCACUUUUUUGAAGAGCUCUUUUCAGAAAAAAUGUCAGAAGAGACAAUAACCUGCAUAUGCUGCUGCGAGCAACAGAGCAACGUGCACCAGAAAAGAAAGAUGAAGGGACAACCUUGGGGCUGUGCGAUGUGUCUCACUGGGGUAGGUGACGGGGUGUGUCUCUGACAGUGGAAAAUUAGGCUUUCCAGAGUUUGGUCACCCAGACCACAGAUUAUAAAUGUUAUUAAUUGGACAAUCUGAAGUCCUCCCCUAGUCUUGCUUUCACUUGUGAGCAGUUAUCUUCGAUGAUCCCAAAGAAUUUUUCUAAGUGAAAGGAAAUAAUAGUGAAUCACCCACCAAAAACAGCCACUGAGGAAGGAGGUGGAUCCUCACUUGUGGCCUAAUUGUGCCCUUAGUCAGGAAACACAUGGAGACUUCUCUCCCCAACCCCAGCAAGUGGGAUCCUUGAUACCCAGGUAAGAGGGUAAUAAUUUGUAUAUUUUCCACAGUCAGGGAAGGACUCUCACUUAUUUGUUUUAAAUGGUGGUUUUUAUAAAACAUUUUUAAAAUACAAAUGGCCUGUAUGGUAAUGAGAUUUACCCGUGUGCGAUCUGUUAUUUCCCUUGUACAGAACUUUUACAUUUUUUUAUAUCCCUAUUACUUUUGAUUGUGUCUGAUGAGAACUGAGUUGUUGGCCUUUGUGAAAUUUUUGGCUCUUGAGAAAGAAUUCUUAUGAAUUGUAUGGGAAUUUUAUAUAUUUAAAGAGGGAGAUCUGGGGCUGUUAUUUUUAAACACUUUUUCCAUAAUAUUCUGAGUAGAUAUUUAUAAAAUAUAUUUCUUUCAUUAUGUGUUUGUAAAAUUAGAGUUUAAAUAAAUAUGCUUUGAUGCAUAGUUUUCAACUAAUAUGAUUUUUCCUUUUUAAAACAGCCUGGAAAUGUACUAGUGUUUAAAAAUAAAGAUUUCCAUUUUCUCCAA